CGUGAAAGACAGGAAAUAGCAUUUACCAGAUCCAAAGGGGAGUAACUCGAAAAAAAAUGUGCAUAACCAAUUAAUUUAUUUAUAAAAAAAAUAGACCAUUAUUAACAUUAUGACGACGAUACGGCAGUUUACUUGCGAUGACUUAUUUAAGUUUAAUAAUGUGAAUUUAGAUCCUUUGACUGAAACAUAUGGCUUACCAUUUUAUAUGCAGUAUAUGGCUCAUUGGCCAGAGUACUUCCAAGUGGCAGAGUCACCUUCCGGGGAAAUUAUGGGAUAUAUAAUGGGUAAAGCAGAGGGUAAUGGCGACCAGUGGCAUGGUCAUGUUACUGCUUUAACAGUAGCCCCAGAAUAUAGACGUCUUGGCCUUGCUGCGAAACUGAUGAGCAAUUUGGAAGAAAUCUCUGAAAAGAAGCGUUGUUUUUUUGUUGAUCUGUUUGUUCGUGUAUCAAACAAAGUAGCAGUGGAUAUGUACAAUAAGCUUGGAUAUAGUGUAUACAGAAGGGUUAUAGAAUAUUACUCGGGAGAAGUGGAUGAAGAUGCUUUCGAUAUGCGGAAGGCACUAUCAAGGGAUGUAGAACAGAAGUCAAUUAUACACUAAAGUCACACCUGUUAGACCUGAAGAUCUAGAUUAACCAAUGCCCUGUAUUCUCAUGAAACAAUAAUUAAAUGAAG